AUGUCCGCCGUCACUUCAUACGACUACCCAGGCUACGAAGAACUAGGCAACAUCUUCAACAUCUCCGCCGCCGUCUCCAUCCCCUCUAAGGCACGCAUCGUCGCAACCUCCGGCCAGAUCGCCGACAACCAUGAUCCCUUAUGGGGAACGCACGCGGAGCAGUUCGAAAAAUCCAUGAUAAAUAUCCAGCGGUCCCUGGCUGCCGCGUCGCCGCAUAUCAACGAUACCAGAAAGCUGUGGGAGGGCGUUUUUUACGUCACCUCGUUCCAUGUGGGGACUUUGACGAGGGAGGAACAGCUCCAGCUUGCUGCUGUUGCGAGGAAGUACUUUGACAAGAAUAAACCGGCCUGGGCGGCGAUUUGUGUUAGUGCUCUGUUUCCGCCGGAGGCCUUGGUGGAGGUUCAGGUUCAGGCUGCGUAUUGUGAUGAGUAG